GCGCCGCCCGGAAGGACGCAGCGCGACUGCGCGGACCGUGCGCUGUUUCCCUGGGGCGUCAGUGGGCGGGGCUUGUCGUCCUGACAACCCCAGAGCGUUUAGUCGCACAGCUCGGCUGCCCCUCUUGCAGACGCACCGCGGAGGUCGUGCUUCACUGAGCAUGAGUACCAAAGCAAAAAAGACUGGCAAUAAGAAAAAGAAAUUCUCCAAACUUGAACGACUGAAGCAGCUACAAGAGGAGGAGGAGAAACGACUAAAAGAGGAAGAGGAAGCCCGUGUGAAAUCUGAAAAAGAAGAACUAGCAAGGCUUGAAAUAGAACAAAUUGAGAAAGAAAAAUGGCAACAGCUUGAAGCAAAGGAUCUAGGAAGGAAAAAUGAAGAACUUGAAGAACUUUAUUUAUUAGAGAAAUGUUUUUCUGAAGCAGAGAAAAUGAAACGAGAACAUAGAUUGUAUUCUCAGUGGAUGCACUACAUUCAAUGUGAUGGGUGCCCUGACCCCUCAGUAGCCCAGGAAAUUAACACUUUCAUUAGCUUAUGGAAAGAGGAAAAAAAUGAGACAUUUGAGGAAGUAAUUGCAAAGAGUAAACUAGUGCUAUAUUUGAUUGAUAGGUUGAAAUUAAUUUUAUUGGAAACGCCAUCUCAUGACUUGCAAGAGAAAAGCAUCGUGCAGUACCAGGGCUCCAUUGUGGAGCUGCGGGAACUCCUCCACCUUAAGUUCAACAUCGCCACGGAGCUGCUGCUCAGGCAAGCUAGUACUUUAGCAGAUCUGGACACUGGAAAUAUGGAAAAAGUCAUUCAGGAUGAAAAUAUUACCCUGUAUGUGUGGGCAAACCUCAAGAAGAAUCCAAGGCACAGAAGUAUCAAAUGCAAUGAAAUGCAAAUUGGAUUUGAAAUUCCAAGGAUAUUAGCAUCAAGUGACAUUGCUCUACGACUCCUACAUACUCGCUAUGAUCAUGUCACGCCACUGUGCCCUGUUCCGAUAGUAUUAAACGGUCACACUCCCCUGGAAUCUCCCUCUGUCCAAGGUGAAGUUAGUGCUGAACAAUCAGCAACCAGCAAAGAGCUCCAAGAAGAGUAUAAACAACCAGAAAAUGAGUCUAACUUAGCCCAGGAGGAAGAAACAAAAUCUGAAGAACAAGAUGAUAAUACUGUUGGAGUACACGCAAGUUUUGUCGAGGAAGAACCUGAAAGCACAAAACAAGGCCUGGAGAUGAAAAUAUUAAAUGAAACAGUUCCCACAGCACAGCUGUUGCUGCUGGAGAACGCUCCUGAGAGGCUGCGUGCAUUUGAAGACGAUGAGGUUGACAUAUGCCAGUUCUCCACUCUGGGUGGAGUGUACCACUUGGAUAUUCUGGAGCUGCCCCCACAGUGUAAACAAAUGAAGGGCUGGAUGAUUAUGGAAAUACUCAAAGAUGGAUUACAGAAAUUUGUUUAUCCUCCAGCAACUACAGAAGACUUAGAAACAGAAAACGUUUUCCCACCCAUAGAGGUCAUGCUUGAGGUUCAUGAGAACGUGAUCUUUUUUGAGAAUCCCAUGGUGGCAAGGUGGGAUGCUGAAGGUAAACAUUGGAAAACCGAUGGCAUCAGUAAUGUAGUUUAUAAAUCAGAAGAAAGAAUUAUAACAUUCAGCCUGGACACUUUGGGCCCUGUUACCUUGAUUCAAGAUGCUCAUAUUAACAUGCCAUACCAGUCAUGGGAACUAAGACCACUCGAUGAGAAUAAAGUACUUUUGACUGUGACGACAGUAUUUGCUGAGAUUCAAAUACAAAUUAAGGAAGGCCUCUGCAUGUUAGCUUCAAUAAACAUGGGUGACAAAAAGCCUCUCUCUAUUUUGGAAGGAAAAUGGAUGACUCCUAUUUAUUUCAUUAUUACUUUGCAAGAAGCUGGAUUGAAUAUCUUCCCUACUGAAUACUCUCAUUUUUAUGUUGCUACAAGCUGUAAGGUUCCUUUGGUGGAAAUGAAAGCUUAUCGACAAAUGGCCUUGUUAAGUUCUGCUUUUGCGUUCGGUUGGAGCAAGUGGAAUAUGCAGUGUGGUUCUGAAAAAGUUAUAUUUAAGGUGAGUGAAUGCCUCACUAAAGAACAGGAAUGUAUUCAGGAUCCUACAUGGACUCUUUUAAUGUUUAGUGGCAACCGAGCACAAAGGCUCAAGAUUGACGAAGACAGUGAGGCAUUCUCUGAGGCCCUGAAAGAGGAAACUGAGUUUCAUUCCACUCUCUAUCACAUGAUCAAGGAUUUUGCUUCUCAAGAAGCAAUGGAGAAAACCAAGGGCCCUGACAGCCAGUUUAUUGACUCUGUGUGCCACAUGCUACUCUGUAUUAGAAUACUCAGCUAUUCUUAAUCUCU